UUAUCAAAAAAAAAAAAUUUUUUUUUAUAUUAAAUAUCCUAACUUUAACAUAAAUCUCAAACCAUAAUUGCUGUAUUCGUACUGUGUGCCUAUACAUCAUUAUUUAACCACAAAUAUGGCUUCGCUGCAACAAAAACGACCGAGUGUUUCAAGUGUCUCAAACUGGUUCUCAUCACUACGUCGUCAACCGAAGAACAAGAAAUCAGCAGCUAAUCUUCAUACUGCAGAUAAACAAUUUCAGCGUAGUUGCAUUGACCUCAGCUCGAAUAGUACCUUUUAUAUUGCACCCAAUGCAGCAUUGCAUGUGACAAAUAAAAAAUCCUCAACAACACCGAGUCAUCUUGAAAAAAGGCGGAAUACAACAGCUACAUCAGCGAGUAGAAUUGCGACAGGUGUUGCAUCUACUGAUAGCUUACAGUAUGAUGAUGAUGAUCGACGUGGUCUUGUAACGGGUCGUCGUGUAUCGCAGCUAUGCUCGCGUUGUUGCUGUAAUGUGCUGGCACAAGAAUCACGUUCACACACGCCACCGUCACCUACUGAAAUUCAAUUAACACAGCCAAAUUCUCCAAAUUCUAUAAAUUCUCCAACUACUCCAAAAAUGCCAAACUCGCCAAAUUUCUCGCCUUCACUAGAUACACCUACAGCGCCUACAGCAACGUCACCAUAUACUAGUGUAGCUGUUUAUCAAAUACCGUCAAACACUGCCACAAGUACAACUAGUUCCAUACCAACCACACCGACUACUUCCACAUUAAGUUCAAAAACUGUUAUAUCCACUGACGUUAGUAGAGAUUUUAAGAUCAUGCGUUUACCUAGUGUAGAAACUAAUACAAUUGUACUAAAUAAGAAGUCCGAAUUAAAACGUACUACAACUACAACAACUACACGCACGCUUAUCAUUUCCAGACCCAUUGAAUUGCUACUUAAUGAGAAAGGUGAAGUGAUAUCACGACGACGACCUCCAUUAGAAAAGAAGACACGCUCGAAUAGUCUUGGUUGUGUGUUGGACGAUAACGAUGAAGAGCGUCAUGAUGGUGAUGAUGCCGAUAGUUGUGCUUCAUAUAGUCCACACACUACCGGCACUACGCUAGAAGCUGUAGCCGGUGAAGGUGUUGAAUUUCGUUUUAUUGAUGACAGUUCAACAUCACAAAGUGAAAAUGAACGUAAUUCAAGUCAACAUAAUUCAAAAAGUAGUAGACAUAAUGAUGUCAAUAUUUACGAUAGCAAAAAUACUACUAAUAACAGCUACGUUGGUGUUGGGAACGUGAGCGGUAAUAAUAAUAAUUAUGAACUUUGUGAAGUCUGCAAGAACGUCAUUCAAUUAAACCGUAAUAAUAUUGCACAGAAUACGGUAAUAAUGCGGAAUAAGCAAAUAAAAGAUGAACUUUGUGAGGUUGUUUCUGAAAUGGAAGCACUUGAUGUGCCGGAAGACUGUAAACAUUCCAAUAAAGAUAAACAGAUGUCUAUUGGACGUAAAAAGUUUAAUAUGGAUCCAAAGAAAGGUAUUGAAUAUUUAGUGGAAAAUCGUUUACUUCGCCAUGAUGCGCAAGAUGUGGCCCAUUUCCUCUAUAAAGGCGAAGGCCUUAAUAAAACUGCAAUAGGUGAUUAUCUGGGUGAGAAAAACGAUUUUAAUGAGGACGUACUGAAAGCGUUUGUGGCGUUACAUGAUUUCACUAAUUUGAUAUUGGUACAAGCUUUACGACAAUUUUUGUGGUCAUUCCGUUUGCCGGGCGAGGCGCAAAAAAUUGACCGCAUGAUGGAAUGUUUUGCGCAACGUUAUUGUCAACUUAAUCCAGAUAUUUUUACUAAUACCGAUACGUGCUAUGUGCUCAGCUUUGCCAUUAUAAUGUUAAAUACAUCACUGCAUAAUCCAUCGGUGAAGGACAAGCCCACCGUUGAACAAUUCAUUUCGAUGAAUCGUGGCAUCAAUAACGGUGGUGAUUUGCCUAGAGGGCUGCUCGAAUCCUUGUAUGAAUCAAUACGAACCGAACCAUUUAAAAUACCACAAGAUGAUGGAAAUGAUUUAAUGCAUACAUUCUUUAACCCAGAUAAAGAAGGUUGGCUCUGGAAGCAAGGAGGACGAUACAAGUCGUGGAAACGACGUUGGUUCAUAUUGAAUGACAAUUGUUUAUAUUAUUUUGAGUACACAACAGAUAAGGAGCCUAGGGGUAUUAUACCAUUAGAAAAUAUAUCGGUGCGAGAAAUUCAUGAUCGCAGUAAACCGCAUUGUUUUGAGCUGUUCGCCACUGGCGGCGCUGAUAUUAUAAAAGCUUGUAAGACUGAUUCAGAAGGAAAGGUUGUAGAGGGUAAACACACUGUUUAUCGCAUGUCUGCGGCCACCGAGGAAGACCAACAAGAGUGGAUAAAACGCUUGACGCAAUCAAUUAGUCACAAUCCGUUUUAUGAUAUUUUAGUACAAAGAAAAAAGAAAGCGCUAAGCAAAAGUUAGUAUUAGUUAAACUAUAGAGGGGACCACAGAAUUUUGUUGCUGUAUUUAUGCGAGGAUCUCAGAGGACCUUUUUUGUGUAUAUGGAAUUAUUUUUUCGAAGGACACACUCCAGCAUAUGAAAUUAUGAAUUGUUAUGUGACAUGUUUGGGAUGCGUUAUGUAACGUUUGGAAUAUAUAAAUUAUUGUAGUGUCUAAUAAAAACUGAUAUAAGGCAAAACAAAACAAAA